UCGAACUUUUGUUAUUCCACAAAUUGCUGGACGUUUCAAUAGUCUUCGUGCAUUGCAUUCUGCUGUCGCCAGCAAAGUAAAUUUUGUGAAGUACACGUAAAUUAUUUGCAGCUUAUAAAUAUAUUGCGCAUAUAAAUUUGGCAAUGUCAUUAACUGUGGCUCAAUAAAUACACAUAUAUACAAAAACAUCUAAGAGCAAAGCAAAAGAGCAGCAACAAUGGCUAAUUUGACCUUGUUGUUUCUAACUUUAACACUUUGCGUUGCCAGCACUGUGCAGCGGCAAUUGGUGCUAGAAGACAUUAACGGGAAGCAGAAUUUGGAGAAAGAUCUGAACAUAGUACACUAUCAGCCAGAGCAGGUGCAUCUAGCAUUUGGAGAGAGCACCGCCAGCGAAAUUGUUGUCACUUGGUCAACGCGCGAACUGCCGCCGUCUGCAGAGAGCAUUGUCGAAUAUGGAUUGACAGAUCUUAAGCAGCGCGCUUAUGGCAAGGCCAUUCGAUUUGUGGAUGGCGGGCCCAAGCAGAUGUCUCAGUACAUACACAGGGUUACGCUCAGCGAACUUAAACCCAACAGCAGCUAUGUAUAUCACUGCGGCAGCGAGUACGGCUGGUCUGCCAAAUAUCAAUUCCGUACUAUACCCAGUGCUGAUUCCAAUUGGUCCCCAUCACUGGCCAUCUACGGGGAUAUGGGCAAUGAGAACGCCCAGUCGCUGGCCCGGCUGCAGCGAGAGACGCAGUUGGGCAUGUACGAUGCGAUCAUUCAUGUGGGUGACUUCGCCUACGACAUGAACACAAAAGAUGCUCGAGUGGGUGAUGAGUUUAUGCGCCAGAUCGAAACGGUGGCCGCCUAUCUGCCCUACAUGGUCGUUCCGGGAAAUCAUGAGGAGAAGUUCAAUUUCUCCAAUUACCGGGCACGAUUCAGCAUGCCGGGCGGCACAGAGAAUCUCUUCUAUAGCUUCGACUUGGGACCGGUGCACUUCAUUGGCAUAUCCACGGAGGUAUACUACUUCCUUAACUACGGCUUGAAGACGCUCGUUUUUCAAUACGAGUGGCUUAAGCGUGAUCUGGAGACGGCCAACCAGCCAGAGAAUCGCGCCAAGCGACCUUGGAUUAUCAUCUAUGGCCAUCGACCGAUGUACUGCAGCAAUGAGAAUGACAACGAUUGCACCCACUCGGAGACCCUAACCCGGGUCGGCUGGCCAUUUGUGCAUAUGUUCGGAUUGGAGCCGCUGCUGUACGAGUACGGCGUGGAUGUGGCCAUAUGGGCGCACGAGCACUCAUACGAACGUCUCUGGCCCAUUUACGACUACAAGGUACGCAAUGGAUCGCUCGGCUCGCCCUAUGAGAAUCCACGUGCUCCGGUGCACAUUAUUACCGGAUCGGCAGGCUGCAAGGAAGGACGUGAACCUUUCAAGGGCAAGAUACCCGAGUGGAGUGCCUUCCACAGUCAGGAUUAUGGCUAUACACGUCUCAAGGCGCACAAUGCCACCCAUCUCUACUUUGAGCAGGUCUCCGAUGAUCAAGGGGGCGCCAUCAUCGACAACUUCUGGCUAAUUAAAGCCCAGCACGGGGCAUACAGCGAACUGUAAACGGUUCAAAAGGCUAACUAAAUACAACUCAGAUAACACACACACACAAUCACAACUGUAGCAACUGGCAGUAUUACGAAUGCACAUUCUUCAAAAUAUAUAUACAUAUAUAUAUUCUUCGAUAUAUGUAUAUAUAAAUAGAUCAAUUUAUAGUUUAUUUUGCUCCCUUACACAACUGCAACUGCAAUUGUAGCCCAGUAUAAGCCCAUGAAUGGACUGUAUUUGAUAACUGUAAACACUCCUUAAAAUUAGCCAAUUUUAUUUGUAUGCUUUUUUACACUUUUAAAAUGUACAAACGUAUAUGUUGAUAUAUGUAUGUAUGUAUAUCAAAUAUGUCUAUUAAUAUCCGCAUUUUUGUAUCGCUUGUAAUUUUGAGCUGUUUUUUUAUUUUCCCAUAUCAAUGGGUAGGAUUAAGGUUGAGAUCAUAGACAUCAAACAAAUAAAUCUCAAUUGAAAUAUAA